CAUCAAUCACCUCCUCAUUUCACUGGGAGGAUCCCAAUAAAUGACGUUAUUGCUGGCGUACGACUUCAGCGUAAUUGGGUUUAUACUAAAUGAAUGCACAUCCAAUGGGCAAACAGUCCAAGUGGAUAUUAUGAGCAGCCAGGGAGAUAUCAAACCCACUAAAUCACUCUGAUUCAAUGCGACAUUGACACUGAGUUGUUGACUUGCUUGCCUUUUUAAUAACACUUUGGAUUCACGAUCCAAAAGUUCUGGUUGACCUAACAGUGCUUCACUUCAGAAGACUCUUCUCAUUGAAACAGUGCAGGGCAAAACGAUGUGGCUCGCCCGGACCCUCCUCGCUCUGGCACUUCUUUGCGCACCGGUUUCCAGCCUCUGCUUACCGACGUACGACCCCGUGUCCAACUUUCUUUGCAACAGUGAAGUGUUCCCCGAGACGGAUGAUAACGGGCAACCAGCAAACUCCCUGCUGGACAGUCUAAACCUCCUGUACAAAUCGGCACAAGCGCUCUCCUCCGAGGAGCCGCGCGAGAGGAGGACGAUACCCGCGUCCAAAUACAGAUACCUGAGCCAGACGCAGCUCAGGAGUAAACUGUACCGUAACAGUGCGAAGAGCGACCGACGCAGCCAGGUCACUCUAUCCCUCGAUGUCCCCACCAACAUUAUGAACAUCCUCUUCAACAUUGCCAAAGCCAAGAACCUGCGCGCAAAGGCGGACGACAACGCGCGCUUGCUGGCGCAGAUUGGAAAGAGAAAGUGAACUCUCAUUUGACUUUAACAUUUUUUUUGUAACCAACUGAGGCAUGUUAUCUCUAAUAUAAUAAUGUAAUAAAAGUUGUUUUUUUUCUCCAGUUGCAUAACAAAUUAGCAAUACUGAAAAUUAAUGGAACGUAUUAACAAAUGGGUUUUGAUUUAAAAACAUAAUGGUUUGGUCAUGUUAGGCUUGUCACGUUUGUUAUUUAAUGCUGUUUUACAGAAAAUUGUUUCAAAUGGGCUUAGCCUACCUACGCAGUGAGACCUGUUUUUAUACAGUCUAUGGGUGAGACUCAAAUGGCAGUUGUCAACAAGAUUGUUUGGUCAGUUUCUAAGCUCAAGCUUUAAAGAGACAUAAUGAUUGGGGUAUAUGUCUCAGCCCACGACAUAUUUUGCAAUGCUCCUACACCUCUCCCUUUUCAUUAACACGAUUUGUCUGUACAUCUCAGAUGAAAGUUGACCUGAUUAGUAAUAAACAGUUACUGCUCUAUAAGAUACACGACUGGAUGGUUACAGAUAUGAAAACUUCUGAAAACUUUGGGUUGAUAAAUCCGACAGUCGAAUAUUUUUGUAUUGAAAACAAUUAUUUUAUCGUUUAAUAAAUAAAUAAUUGCAAAUGUAACAAAGCGUCCAUUCGAAGGUAAUUGUUUCGAGACGUGAGAAUCUCUCUCUCUCGCUCUCUCUCUCUCUCUCUCUCUCUAAACUUUUCGCAGCUACAUUCAAUACUAGUCAAUGCAAUAAUUAUCGAGAAGUCUAUUCAUGUUGAAUAGUGUUGAAUAAUUAAAAAUACACUUAAUCACUUUUUUUUCAGAUAUAAUCA